AUGGCAUGCUGGUGGCAGCUCCUGCUAGGGCUGUGGACAGUCAUGCCCCUCUGGGCUGGGGACGAGCUUCUCAAUGUCUGCAUGAACACCAAGCACCACAAGCGAGAGCCUGGCCCAGAAGACAAGCUCCACGAGGAGUGCAUCCCCUGGAAGGACAAUGCCUGCUGUACAGCCAACACCAGCUGGAAAGCCCACCUGAAUGUGUCCCUGCUCUACAACUUCAGCUUGGUUCACUGUGGUUUGAUGAUGCCGGGCUGCCAGAAGCACUUCCUCCAAGCUGUCUGCUUCUACGAGUGCUCCCCGAACCUGGGGCCUUGGAUCCAGCAGGUGGGAAGACUGGGCUGGGAGGUGGACCCAAGCAGGCAGGGAGAGCGGAUUUUGGAUGCGCCACUCUGCAGGGAGGACUGUGAGCAGUGGUGGGAAGACUGCCGCACGUCUUACACUUGCAAAUCCAAUUGGCAUCAUGGCUGGGACUGGAGUGGAGGUAAGAACCGCUGCCCUGCAAGGGCCCACUGCCACCCUUUCCCCCAUUACUUCCCCACUCCGGCUGACCUGUGUGAGAAGAUUUGGAGCAACUCCUUCAAGGCGAGUCCUGAGCGCAGGAACAGUGGUCAGUGUCUGCAGAAGUGGUUUGAGCCUGCUCAUGGCAACCCCAAUGAGGCCGUGGCCCGCCUCUUCGCCAGCCCUGCUCAGUCCUGGGAACUCUCCCACACUCUCAUGGCCUUCUCUCUGUUCCUGUUGUUCCUUUCUUGAGAGCCCCUUCUCCUCCCACCCACACUCCUGCACUCCCCCACCUAUGGCAUGGCAGCCUCCUUCCUGGGUCCCUUCCUUAAGUGACUCAGCACAGGCUGGGGAGCUGGUGGGACAUUGAGGCUACAGGAGCUGGUGCCUGAGAACUUGCACAUUCGGUUCUAGGCCCCCUCUACUGCUCUGCUCUGCCUUUUCCUCCCUGGAAGGUAGCUGGGGGCUUGGAUGGCCAAGGUGACCUGCCCCCUCCUGCCUUUAUGGAUGGUGGGGCUCUGAAGUGGGACUCCAGGCCCUUCUCCUCCAGUA